AUGUAUUACGUCCUACAGAGACUCCGCUGGGAGGGUACAUACAUUGGAGAAAUUGUGUCUGAGUGGCUAGUGAGGCCAGACGUUCAAUUUCGCAUAGAAUCGAUGCUUUUGAUAUACCGUAUCCGAAAAGCAGACGAUAUUAGCUCCGUGGUUAUCCGAUGGCUGAAUGAGAAGAAGAAGCUUGGAAGUGGAUGGAGUCGAUAUCCCCCAACUGAAGCUAUUCAAACUACCGAAAUUGCCAUCGCCAGGUGGGGCCAAUCCGUAUAUCAACAUUGCAUAUAA